AUGGCUGGGCUAGUGCUAGCCAAGUGCCUUCUUCUGUUCUCCCUCUCCGCCGCGCUCCUCUCUCUGCUCGGCACCGGCGCCUCCGCCAUUGGCCUGCCCCAGCCUCAUGCGCCAGUGAACUUCACCAUCGGCGUGCAGGGCAUGGUCUGGUGCAAGACCUGCAGGUACAUCGGCUACAAUGCCAACAUGGACGCCUCCCCACUCAAAGGCGUGGAGGUGUACCUGCAGUGCCGGCACGGCCCGGGGCGGCUGAAGAAGGUGCAAGGGGCAUCGGGGCAGGGCGGCUACUUUGUCAUCCAGUCGGCGCAGAUGGCGUCCUUCACCAACGACGAGUGCAAGGUGUACGCGGAGAGCUCGUCGUCGACCGCGUGCAGCCUCGUCGACGAACCCGCUGCCGGCGAGGGGCUGCCGCUCAAGUUCGACUCCUUCGUCAAGCACGGCGAUGGCCUGCAGGCGCUCUACUCCGUCGGCAACUUCUUCUUCCGCCCCAGCAACCCCAACAAGUGCUACUGA